AUGGAAGUACGCUGGUUCCGGAACCGCUACAAACAACCUGUUCACCUAUACAAGGAUGGUAAAGACCUGCAUGGGGAAACUAUCUUCCAGUAUGUGGAGCGGACCCAGCUCCUGAAAGAAGCCAUUGGGAAGGGUAAAGUGACACUCAGGAUCUCUAAUAUCAGUGUUGAUGAUGAUGGGCCUUACCACUGCUUCUUCAAAGAUGGUGAUUUCUAUGAAGAAGCCAUCACAGAAGUGAAGGUCACAGCUACAAGCUUUGAAAUACAGAUUCUUGUGCAUCCUCCUAAUACCAGAGGUCUCUUAGUGCAGUGUAAUUCAAAAGGUUGGUUUCCACAGCCUCAAAUGGAAUGGAGAGACAGCAGAGGAGAAAUUAUUCCACCUGCAUCGAAAUCACAUUCACAGGACACAAACAAAUUGUUUGACAUGAAAAUGACUCUUCUCCUUAGACAUUCCCAGAGGAAUGUCACCUGCUACCUUCAAAACCCUGUAACUGGUCAAGAGGAAAUGACAAGCAUUGUCCUAUCAGAUAAACUGUAUCCAUGGAAUGUUAUUUGGAUGCUAAUUUUGAUGACAGUUCUGACUCUGCUGAUCAUUAUCAUGGUGCCCAGUGUGGCUCUACAUUGCAGAAUACAAAAGCGACAGCCGAGAGAAGCCAGAUCGAGUUCUGCAUAUUUCAGAGCCUGUAUCGAAGACUGUUCGCCUACCACCAGAUGUACAGAUUGCUUCCGCAAAAUGGCACAUCCUAUAGUAGCUGGCGUGGUGAUAGUCCUGAGUUCAGUGUGUGUAAUUGUCUCAUUUAUUACCUAUUUGCAACUAAAAAUCAGAGGAGAUAAACAAAAACCCCAGCAAGCUACAGGUCACUGUCAUUGCCGAAGGCGACUUGAAAUCCUUAAGAAUGAGUCUGGGGAUUAA